AAUUUACGGGUUAUAUUCAGGUCGGGUCAUUUUCAGGUCGGUUCAUGUUCGGGUUCGGGUCUUAAAUACUCGGGUUAACUCGGGUGUGGGGUUGAUUUCAGGUCUGGUCAUAUCGGGUUCAAAUCACUAUUUUUUUGAGUUUAAACGGUCGGUAAAUAAUUGGAUUCGGGUCGAUUUUUCGGGUCAGGUCAGCUUUUGACAGCUCUAAACGUAAGGCAGGCAUAGGAGUAUUAAUAUUUUUCACACUCGCACCACCUCUCUCAUUAGCUUGUAACGAACCUGGAAAAAAGUAGUUAACCAAUUCAAUGUCUUCAACAGACGCUAAGAUCCCGUCAAAAAAAAAAAAAAAAAAAAAAAAAAAAAACAGACGCUAAGAUUCUUCGUAACAGAAAAUAAAAAGUCUAACAAAGUAACAAACUCUUUUCCUUCCCGCUCAAACUCAACAAAUCAAACCUCUCAAUAUCUUUCUCUCUCCUCCAUUCUUCUUUCUCUCAUAAUUUCAGAACAUAAACCCAGAAAACAAGCUAAACUUUCAAGCUUCAACAAUGUCGCUUCCCAUAUUAAAGACAUGUAGGAAGAGAAAGAGAGCCCCAAAACUCUUUGGCCUUAACACUUUCUGCGAUCCAGGUUGCCCAAUUAAACCAACUGGAGCUUUUCGAGAUAAUAUUAGGGUGUUUCUUCAAGAAUGUGCUGAAAUUGAAGACUACAAGAUUGAUUCUAUGCUUGUUUGGUGUACUCUUCUUGUUCAAGAAAGUGGAGGUGUUGUUCUUCCUCUUUAUACCAUUGAAGAAAAUGUCAAGAACUCUAAACAGCCCUUCUGUGAUCAUUGUCGUUGUUCUGGAUGGAGUCAUCACUAUAUGUCAAAAAGGAAGUAUCACGUGAUAAUUCCCCUUGAUUCGGAGUGGACCAAGUCACUCAACAGUGAUGUCUUUGAGCUUCAAACACAUCUUCUGCAUGGGCUGAUUCAUUGCAAUGGCUUUGGUCAUCUAGUAUGCAUCAAUGGGAUUGAAGGAGGCUCCAAGUAUCUUUGCGGAAGAGAGAUAAUGGAUCUAUGGGAUCGGAUCUGUACAAAUCUGCAUGUAAGAAAGAUCUCAGUGGAGGAUACCUCUAGAAAAAGGUCAAUGGAUCUUCGUAUACUCCACAGUGUUGCAUAUGGACACCCAUGGUUUGGCAGAUGGGGAUACAGAUUCUCCCAUGGCAGCUUUGGGGUUAAAGCACACCACCACCAAAAAGCUGUAGAGGUUCUUAGCUCUCUUAACCUGGAUGACCUGAUUGGCAAUCUCCCAAAAUCAAACAAGUCAGCACAUGUAAAACAAAUCAUAUACUCCUACAGAAAUUUGAGUGAGACCCGUCUCAUCACAUUAAGAGAUCUCCUCAAGUUCAUGCUGACCCUGAAGUCCAAAACUCCAGUUAAAACAAAAGUUGCCUUGGCCCAUGCUGCGUUGCCUGACUCCCCACCUCAAAUCGAAAAGUUCUCACCAAAAAUUUUCGUGGCAAAGAGGCAACUUAAUACAAGAGCAAAACCAAUGAUGAAAUGCAGGAAGUUUCAAGCUCUGGUAGCUACCAUGGAUAGCAGAUGGCCCAAACGGAGACUAGAAUUCACAGCUGAAGUUAUAGUUAAUGCCCUGAAGGAAUAUAGGGAAAACAAGUCCUCCAAGAAAGGAAUGACUAGACAGGAAGUCCGGGAUGCUGCCAGAGCUCAUAUUGGAGAUACAGGACUGCUUGAUUAUGUCCUGAAAUCCAUGAAUAAUGUGAUUGUGGGUGAUUACAUAGUUCGACGUCGGACUGACCCAGUGAACAGGAUUCUGGAGUACACCAUCCAUGAAGUUAGUGAAGCUUCACCUCCUAAGAAACCUAGCAGAGAAAAAGCAUCUGUUGAACCAGUAUUAGCACUCACUGAAGCCUCUGGAAUUGACAUUUAUCGAGAUGUAUGUAUCUUAUACAAACAUGUGAUAUUGGGUCAGUCUGAUUCAAAUAUCUUGGGCUUGUCUGUUAGAGUAUUACUAGACAGCAAGCACUUCAUGAAGGAAUGGCCUUUCAAAGAUGAAGACGACCAAUUACUAAGAUUCAUAUGCCAGGUGCUGCCAACUUCAAGUGAGUUAGAGAUGGAACUAUCUAAGAAUCUUUCUCUUGGUGAAGUAAUUGUUCUUCCUUUACAUGCUUCAUUUGGUGACUUGAGGGUAGCAGUUCAACAUGCUUUGAGAGACACUUACUGCAUUAUGGAGAAAUAUAUGGUGACUGAAAUUGAGGACUUGGGGAGUUUGCAUGACGAAGAAGUAAUCUUUGGCGCAGUACAAUCAGGUUCUGAAGUUAGGGUCAGAGGAAGCGGGAUUGAUUUGAAGAGUGAGUUCAGGUAUGAGGGUGGACCUGACAAUUGGACAGUCAGAUGUUCAUGUGGAGCAACAGAUGAUGAUGGAGAGAGAAUGGUGUCAUGUGACAUCUGUGAAGCAUGGCAACAUACAAGGUGCACAGGCAUUGAGGAUACAGAAGCAGUUCCCCCUCUUUUUGUGUGCCAGAAUUGUUGUUCUUCACUGAUGCCUCCUAGAGUUGAGAACAUCUCUUAUCCUGAAACCGAAAGCUUUCAUUAUAUAACAUCGCCACAACCAGUUGAGGAAUCGUGGAUGACACUAUCAGUGCCACAAGAAGUAGAGGAAUCAUGGAUGACAUUCUCAUACUGAUUUUUCUUUUGUUUUUUUUAUAGUUAAAUGGCAAAUGCAUAUUCUUUCCUUCUCUAAUCUCUUUUCUGCAUUCUUCUUGUAUAUUCUGGUCUGUCUCCAUUUUUUUUAUACCUUUCUAAUUGCUUAACUGUAUGAUCUGUAUCAUAUAAAAUCUUAAAAUUUUGUAAAGAAAUCAGCUUCACAAUACCAU